GAUCGUGGAAUGGGAUUCCAAUAUGGCAGCCGUCGUGUUAGCCGCACAAGUCAGUGUCGCGGAAAUGUUUUGAACUCGCUGAGCAGGCAACCGCGACGACCGGCCGACGUGCGACGCAUAGGCGUGUCUGGUGGAGAAUACCAGCCGCGAGGCGUGUUGUGCUUAACGGCACUAUUAGAAUAGUAGACUAGUUAGAGCUUUAAUUAUCUGCUAAUUGGCUUCCGGGAUUCGUCGGAAAAUCGGGGAUUCUGGAAGCGACUUUGAGCAGCCAUGGGGAAGCAGAACAGCAAGUUAAAGCCGGAAGUGUUGGAGGACCUCAAACAGAAUACCGAAUUCUCAGAUGCGGAGAUCCAGGAGUGGUACAAAGGGUUCUUAAAGGAUUGUCCCAGCGGGCAUCUCAGUGUAGAGGAAUUCAAGAAGAUAUACGGGAAUUUCUUCCCUUACGGCGACGCGUCUAAGUUUGCGGAGCACGUAUUCAGGACGUUCGACGCAAACGGCGACGGCACGAUCGAUUUUCGGGAAUUUCUCUGCGCUCUCAGCGUAACGUCCCGCGGCAAGUUGGAGCAGAAGUUAAAGUGGGCCUUCAGCAUGUACGACUUGGAUGGCAAUGGUUACAUCUCGCGACAAGAAAUGCUGGAAAUCGUGACGGCGAUUUACAAGAUGGUGGGCUCCGUGAUGAAAAUGCCGGAAGACGAGUCGACGCCGGAGAAACGAACUGAUAAAAUAUUCCGACAGAUGGAUAAGAACAAGGACGGCAAGCUAUCGCUUGACGAGUUUAUAGAGGGUGCGAAAAGCGACCCGUCUAUCGUGCGACUGUUGCAGUGCGAUCCUAGUGCACAAGCUCAGUGAGGCCCUGGGCCAAUACAGACAAAUAUCGAUAUGCCAUCUGCAUACCCAAAUCGGUACCCGGCCCAAUUAAUAUCCCAACCAUAAGCGACGCGAUCAUAGAAAGUUGUUUACCCAAUCUGGUCCGUUAAGGAAACUAUCAAAAUGAUAUCUUUGCAUAUCCAAUUUUUUAGAUUUUAAUGUAAUAAUUGUAAUAUUUAUUACAAUUAUUAUAGAAACCUGUUUAACUGUAGGACGCAAGUGGCUUAUUCAUAAACAAUUCUCGAAAUAAGUUUGGGAAAUAAUUUCCCUUUUUUUUAUUUGGAAACUAGAUAUUAAUGCACGAAACAUGAUUGUUAGAUGACCGAAUAGUUUAUGUACAUUAGGAUUAUAAUUGGUAAUAGAUUAUAUUUAGCACAAAAUCAAUAGAAAAAAAUAUUGUUCUAUCUUAAAGAGAGGAAAAUAGAAAUUUAUUUUAUGAUUAAGCCCAACGCAAUUAAUCUCUAGUUAAUCUCUUAAUUUUAAUUUCCUGCCGAUGACAGUUAUAAAAUGUAUUACAUGACACUCGAAGAUAUUGUCUUGGUGGUUUCCCGUCGCGUAUUCUACGAUCGCGUAGGCUUACGCGCAAACAUAGAUAUGUAAGGGGUUCUAUGAAUUGGGCCGGCAACCGAGAGGUCCAGGGUCACUGGGCCCAUGGCGCUUGCGCAUACCGCAAGCUAGUCGACAAGACUAGUCCAGUCGCUCCGUUUCACUGACGGAUCGGUUUAGCGAGAAGCUUGUUACGCCUUUUCGGGUCGUACGUAAGAAAGCGCCGCGCCCGAGCGACGAACGUCAUCCGCGAAUGAGAGGACGUCGCGUCGAUGCCGCCGACGCAGCUCGACAGGCUGUGUAGCUCGGUCGCGAUCCGACCGUUCGAGAUGAUGUCACGAGCGAAACGAUUAUAGCGAAAUUCUAAAAUACUCUCUGUGUUCGUAAUUUUCGAUGGCGCGCACCUUGGUGCCGGGCGAACUGUAGCUGCGACGUGCGACGACGUUCCGUCACCCUUUCGCUUUCUCCCUCUCUCUCUUUCCUUCUUUCUUGGAAAGCGAGAGCGUGCGGAUUGAAAUGUUACGCGUCACAGCGCGAUUCUUGUACAUACCAGAUCGCAUCGCGGCAUCGACGCAUCCUCGGACUGUCGAUCUCAGCGUAUGAAGGGUACUCGUAACGCUUGUCUCGCUCUUCGGCCGUGGCCAUAGUCGUCCUCGCGCAUCAUCCCCGUCCCGCUUGGUAUAACCGAUACUCGGCUUGGACGGGGAGAUGCCACGUCCCCACCCCCGCCCCCCUCGAAAGGGGGGUGCCGCGGUAUCGCAUCUCCCGCCUUCACGGACCCCGAGUGUCUCGCCUCUCGGCCCACCCAUUAAAACGGACUGACCCAUUCAACGGAAAAGACUCACAGGAGACUAACGGUCGCGCGGCGUGGUCCCAUGCCGCGCGCUAGCAACGAAAACCUUUAGUGAUUUAGAGAUCCGCGAGAUUUAGGCAAAGGUCACUGCGAAUCACUCGCGAUCGCGCACUGGCGAGAAACGCGACUUUGUGCUAGUUUAACGCGCUUAGAAAAUCGAUCUAGAGCUUGAUGAUUUAUUAGGAAGAAAAAGAAACGGACGUUACGUAACGCGACGACAACUGCCUCGCACGCAGUGGUCGUCGCGUUGCUCUCUUUCUCUCUCUCUCUUUCUCUCUCUCUCCCUCGCUCUCUCUCUCUCUUUCUCUCUUUCUUUCUCUCUUUCGUAGAAGGUGCUGCGAAGAAAAUACUCGACUUAAUCCGUUUCGAUUUGUGCGUGUAUCGCGUGCGAAAAAAAGAUGCGACUAGUCUUUUCGUCCUCGUCGCGACGCUUCGAUUUAACAAUGCGAUUCGCAAUAUCUCGGCGACGGAGAGAGCUGUUAAUUAAUUAUUCCAUCGAAUCGCGAAAAAUUUGUCCUCUGCAUUAACUGUUAUUUCAUCUCGCCGUCAUUUACCAUUUCUAGUGACCUUUGUCGUUACGGAGGUACAGUAGGACGAACGUAAUCGUACACGGAUAGCAUAAAAGAUCCGCCAAUCUUUCCAAUCUUGCUAAGGGAGAAAAGCACAUCCUUGCCGAUCUGAGCGACUGGCCCUCAGCGUUAGCGAAGGCUACGCGCUUCGCCGAGCGACCGACGGAUGAAGAAAAGGAGGAAUAACGACGCGCGCACGCGUGCCGUAUUUAGAGAUUUAUUUUUGUGAAUGCGUGCGUCCCGCGUACCUGUGAGAGCGUGCGAGAGUGUACGUAUAUAUUAUAUAUAUAUGUCUGUUCUGUGCGUACGCGACGGAGAAGAAAAAGAAGAAAAAAAGGAAGAAGAGGAAGAAGAGAGGAGAAAAGCUCAUGGCGCGAGCCUUAUCGCCCUGUCGUCCGAUCAUGUAUCAAUCAAUCGAUUGAUCGCGAUAAUUAUAAAUACAUAGAUAAAUUAUAAAUACGAUUAGGCAUUAUUGAUCAUAAAAUAGGGGAGAGCGGUGAAAGGAAUCGCGAGUACGACCCCUCGCGGUCGCGAUCUUCGACCACGCGAAUAUACGCGCAGCAGCAGAGUUCUGACGUUUUCCCGCUUUACGGUCGAAACAGAUAAAUUAAUUACCAAGUAAAUACGAGCGUAAACCGAUCUACGCUUCUAUAUAUAUUUUUUCCGGUGUACGGUGUGUGAGAGUGACUUUCGGCGGCUUUUCGCGCGGCCGCUUGUCGAGAGGAUGGAUCUCCGCUGGAUUUAUACCUUCUCUAUACCUCUUCUAUAUCUUCUUCUCUAAGAUUUCUCUUUCUUACUGUGAGGUUUUCUCUCGUCGCAUCUCCUCUCCUUCUUCCCUUUUUUCACCUCUCUUUUAUCAAGCGACGCGAUCACUUUUUGACCCGUGCUUUGAUCAGUACCUUCGGGGAAAAAUGCUUUCCGUUGCGCAGCGUGCUCCCAACGAGGUAUCCGGUCCGGUACAAUGCAAUGUUCAAAGUGCGGUGGCGUAAUGAGAAAAUACUGAAAAUUUGUUACGUUCAGUCGUUACACAAUGCAAGCAUUGCGUUUUGCAAAAGCGCGUUAUACAGAUGCAGAUAUAUAAAUAUUAUAUAUACAAAUAUAUAAUACAAGUCUCUAUUAUAAUAUAUCUUUAUCGUACUUUCUAAGAUGUACAUCUAUUCACCUCGUGCUCAUUAAUAUUUAAGGAUAAAGACUAUUUAAUGAUAUCUCUCUAAUCUUUCGGUCAUUGUAUAAACAAAUAAAUAACCUCAUUAAUGUUAAUGCAUAUGAAUAUAUUAUACACGUUAACACGAUUCUAAAGUUACUCUUGAACUUUUCCGAUUACAUUAAGCGGAACAAAUUUUAUUCUACGACAAAAUAUCAGAGAUGACAGUGAAGCUUCGAAUUUACAGCCAGUAAAGAGGUAGUUGCGUUCAUUGAAAAUCUAUGUUACAGCAUAUAUUGUAUAGCAUAGGACUGCCACUGCGUCCCGUUAAAACUUGACGGCAGUCACAUAUUGAGAUGCACUCAAAAUGUACCUUAAAACGAAUCAAGAAAGCAAUAAAACACGACAAAAAUAUCGCGCUAAAUCUUGCACGGCUCUGGAAGGUCGUAGAAAUGAAGAGCGUACUUUUUUUUUAAUUUGGCUAAAAUCCUGUUUUAUAGUGACAAGUCUAAAAUGUGCACAUUUUACAUAUAAUAUUGGAGUUAUCCCGCUUUAUCAGAACACGUGGUAUCGAGGCGAUCGCGAUUAAUAAAUAACGCACGUAAUCGUCCAAAUAAAAUUCUAACAGUUUUCUACUUUGAAAAUUAUUUGUUUCAAAUAAUGACAUUUCGUUAUUUUCUACUAGUUCAAAAUUUCGUCACAAGAACGAAAUUUUACAUACAUCUUUUUUGAUCAGUUUUACUCGAUAUAUCAAAAUUCCUUAGAUACAAAAUUUUUGUUAUUGAAACAUAAAUUGUACAUAUUUAUGGUUUAGUUUUUAUUUAGUUUAGUUAAUUACUUGAUGAAAAAAUGUAAAAAUCCGUGAUUACUCUUCUUAAGCAUAACUAAUGUUAUAUACUUUUGCGUCCUUAUAAUACUCUUACACGAUGUAACGUCGAUAAGAAUAUUCACGUAUGUUCAUGUUGCAACAUUAUUGCUAGUAAAAAGAAUCAAAAGCGUGUAAAAUACAUCCUCCCAUUCUAGGAUUUAUAUGUAUUGUAAAUCAGCGUUAAUACCUCUAGCUUUGUAUAACACGAUUUCAUUACUCAUUAUAAAAUGAUAAAUCGUGCGAAUUAUAUUCGCAAAAUUAACUCACAGUCAUUUCGAUUAUAUAUAUAAAAUUACGAUAUUACAAUAUAAACUAUUCUAAUCGACAUUGCAUUGUCUAAGGAAGUGUAGAAUAAGUAUUUAAUAUUUAUCGACAAACCGUGGGUGUAGAAAGCGCAAGAUACAGAAAAGGCAGGUAAUCUGUCUUCUGUUAUCGUAAAAUCGAUCGCAAAUAAUUCGAAAAAAUUCGCUAUUUUAAUUUAAAACAAUGAGAAUUUUAUGCGAAUGUUCGACGUAAAAGCGAACCGAGAUAAGAUUUGCGCGUCUGCUUGUUCUUUGUUGCGUAGCCGGCGAUCGAGUCGCAAAGUAUUAAAAGCUCUGUCAAAAAGUGACAUUUGCUCACCACACCCUCUUACAUUCAAAUUCCAUAUAUUUCCACCUACAUUCGAACAAUGCGAAAACCUGAAAAAGACAUUUGAAGGCGCUUAAAACAUUCUUGAAAAAGAAUAGAAAAUAUAUUUAAAUGAUAUUUAUUUAUUAAAGUUAAUGGAUCGAUUUGUCAAUUAAUUGUCUAGAAUCUUCUUACCUCGAUCAACGUGAUCAGUUGAAAAAAUAUAGACAAAGAACGCUGGAAAGGCGUCUGUAGACGUUUCAAUGAAACUUCUAAGACCGUUUAAAUGGUGCCUGAAAGACGAGGACGUCUCUUAAUUUUAACUCGCGUUUUCCAGCUGAUCCUUGCGUACAAGCGUUUCAAUUAUGUAUUCUUUCAAGCGUUUGGCACCUCUAUCUGUAAUGCGUUGAUAAACAUUUAAUCCUGACAAUCCGUUCCUCGUGGAUUAAUUAUGCAAGAAGGAAUCGUCAACGUUGAAGCAGAACAAAAUCUUUCUUCGUUCAUAUUUGCUCGACUGCAACGUGCUGUUUAACAAUCAUUAAUUCUGGGGAAUAUAUGCAUUAUACGUGAAUCCCAUUUUGAUGUAAAGCUAAAAUAUAGAAUUUUUACGAUUAGACUUUACAUUUAAUGCGUUAAGUCGAGAUUGCUUCAGCAGUUCCUUUUCUCAUGUAGAGGUUCCUUCUCGCGUAGCUAUUUGUAAAUCAAUGGGAGGAACGGGAUCGUGUUUUCCGAAAGUCGCGGUAAUUACAGUAUAAACGAGUGAAUCCCAGUAUAGUGUUUGUUGUCUCAGUUUCAUUAUAAUACAAUAAUAAUUAAGCUCGUAAUCCACGCGAAGAUAUCAGCCACGAGGAAUAUGUAUUGUCACGUUUAAAAUUUUAUUAUGUCAUUAUUCGUUUGUGUGCCGACGCGUGUACCUUUUAGAAAAAGAAAAAGUCGGUUGUGAUAACGAUCACGAUGUAGCGCUAUCUCUGAUCGAACGCGUACCUUGAGACGCACCCUUGGAAAUAUUACGCUUCUCUCAAGAGCGCGUACACAGUUCGUUCCCUGCUUCUCUUGGAGAAACUUUUCUCGUUUCCGUCUGAUCGCACCGUUGCAUUCUGAUGUUUUCCUAUCCGGUACGAUGUACAGAGAAAGAAACGCGCGCCGAUGCGCGAAAACCAAUUUGCCGAGCUCCUCCUUCUGCAGGAGAAGAGAAAUCUCUUCUCCUCGUCAUAGUGAUCUCUUCUUUACCUUAGAACUGUUCAUCAGAAAGUCACUGCGAUAGUUCGUCGUUUCACGGAAAGUUGCACGCAUAAGGAAAAAAAAAAAACAGACGCACAAAAAGGAGAAUAGAUUUUAAAAAAAUAUAUAUAAAAGCGCGAGAGAGAAAAGAGAUUCGGUUACGUUCGUUGAAGCGAUAUCGAUGACAUUUGCUGCUCGUGUGUUUGUCGUGAUAUUUCUUCCUAAGCUAAGAUAUAUACGAAGUUAAAAGUUACAAUGCGGACCGUUAAAAUAGUUUCUCAUGUUAUUAUCGGCGUUUAACAGUUUUGAGGACGAUAAAAGCCGUUAAAUCGAAAACGAAAGAAAAAAAAACGUACUUCUCUCGAAAUUUAACUCUAUCACGUUCUUAUAUCCCCCGAAAUUAUUCCCCGCUCUAUCUCUAUAUGCUCUAUUAUUUCGCUUUUGCCUAAGGGAUCGUAGUGUUCUUGACUAAUUAGAGUUUCGCCCCUACGGUUAUUGCGAGUUAAUCGCUUGUGCGAUCAAGGAUUCUAUAGCGCUACUUCUAAUCUUCAAAACAAGACCUAUGCCUUACAAAACUUUUCUCUGCACCUUCUUGCCAACAUGUUCUAGUGUCUACUUUGAUAACGUUCGUUGGAGACGCGUAACUCGCGAAGAUACUAACUGAAGCAAUUCCCUUUCUCCCUGAAGUUUAGAAUAAAUCCAAAAUGCACUUUAUAUUUGAUCAAUUAUGAGAAACUAAAUAUAAUGCGAUAAUUUUUAUUCAUUCUGCAAUAUUACAUGUUAAAUUUAAUUGAACUGCGAUAUAAUUUCAACAUUAAAAAUUUUCGACCUUUUUUUUGGAGAAAGCUGGAUUCACAUUCCUGAAGAUUACAUUUUAUUUCGUGCUGCAAAUAUAUCGCGUGGUUUUCGUCUGUAUCUUUUUUGUCCCUCGUACAAUUAACUGCUAUAUAUUUAAACUUCAACGUUUAUUCAUUGACACAUACGUUCACAUACUGUCUUGCGUUGAAUCGAUUGAGCCUUCGCGAGCUACGCGACUUAAAGGUCCAACGUGAAGCAUGAUGAAAGUUAAAUAUAUUGUGAAGAGAUUCAUAAUUAGAUUAUUACACAAAAAUUUCGAGUCAGUGCCCGAUGUUUUUUCCUUGUAGAUGUGUAACACACACAUAUACACACACACACACACACAGGAGCGUAGACAUUCUGCGAUAGAGAUUAUAAUCUCUUCCUCGUGCGUAAAUCCAUCUUGUUCGACGCGUAUAUUUUCUCACGAUCUUUCUCGAUGUCUUGCAAUACCACCUAUCGUUUUAACAGCCACCCGAAAUAAUUGUUGUGAUCCCUUCUCCUUUCUCCAAGGAUUUUUCCUAUUCUCCUUUUAAGAUUUCGAGUCGUCUACCGGCGUUAAAGCGUAUUCGACGCUCUCUAAUUCCCAUUCCCUCUGUACUUCUACGGCAAUGUAAAAUUUUAUUAUUGUUACUUUGAUAUGUGGUAUCUAUCGGUGCUAAGUGUGCGAAGUACAUGUUCUAUCUCGUAUUACGUUUUUCGUCCCGCACGGCGGAUGUAUAAUUAAUUAUAAUUUGUCAAACUUUCGCACGCGCAGCCGCGUCCGAACGACGAGUCUCCCAACGUCCCCGCGACGUUGGAUACUCUGUAUAUUCUGCCGAUCUAGCGUGUCACAGUUCGGAGCGAGUAUCAAAUAAAGAUGCGAAUGACAAAAUUCCGAAUGUAGUAGAGGAUCCCGAAGCGAUCUCCCCUUAUAACGCGAUCGUCGACGCGGCUGGUGCGAAAGUUGUGCGGCGGCGGAGUUUUAUAUUGUAGCAAUUGUGUCAACCCCGCAGGUGAUUAUAUUUUAAUAUUAAUUUACUCUCAGGACAUGAUUAAUUUAUUUUUUUUUUUCCUCUUUUUCUUUCCUUCUCUCCGCGAAGAGACACGCAACGCGACAUAAUGUGUGUGAUAAUACAUGCUGACAUCGUACAAAAGAAAAAAAGUUUACAAAAGAAAAUCAAAGCGCACGUUUAUUACGUAUAUCUUUUUUCUUUUCUUUUCAGUUUUGCGUUCCGGUACCGACAACGGAGAACACCGGUAAAAGAUAUUAAUGUUGUGUAUAUGGUGAUCGUGAGGUGUUAUAAAAUUUUUAUUUGCUUUACGCCUUAUACAUAUUUACUGUAAGUAAUUAUUACUAGUUGUUUAUUAUAAAUAAGAACGAAUCACUCUCGUGUAUCAGUUAAAUUGCUACAUUAAAGUGUUGAUAUUAUA